UCCUUCACUGUACUAUCCACUUGUUCUGUUAAUUGUCGUCUUCUUAGCUCCAGCGUAUCCUGGAGCUAAAAUUAUUGGAGGUCAUGAAGUUGAACCACAUUCAAGACCUUAUAUGGUAUCUCUCCAACGACUUAGGCGGAACAGUAAAUAUGUUCCCUAUUGCGGAGGUGCUUUGAUCAGACCAAACUGGGUACUAACUGCAGCACACUGUGAAAAAAAAAUUGCAUCAGGCCAGUCUCUUCAAGCAGUUCUUGGAGCACAUUUUUUUUUAAAGAAUGAGACAAGUCAACAAAGACUGCGCAUCAUCAGACAGAUUCCCAUUACAAAAUACAACAAGAAGACUAAGAAAGAUGAUAUCAUGCUGCUGCAGCUCGAGACUGAUGCAAAAAUCAACCAGUAUGUGAAUGUUCUCAACCUUCCCAAAGGAGGAAUCACCAACAUGAAAUCUGGAACAAGGUGCACUGUGGCAGGAUGGGGAAAAACAAAAAUAAACAAUUACUCUGACACACUUCAAGAGGUGAAUGUCAAGGUAAUUGAUCGCCGAACAUGCAACAGCAUGGAUUAUUACAAUCAUACACCUGAAAUAACCCAGGACAUGAUCUGUGUUGGUGACAGCAAGGGCAGAGGAGAUUCAUGUCAGGGUGAUUCAGGCAGCCCUUUGAUAUGCGACAAAAUGUAUUCUGGGAUUGUGUCCUUUGGUAAAGGAUGUGCAAUUGCCAAAAAGCCUGGGGUGUACACUUUACUAACAAAGAAAUACAUUGAUUGGAUUCGGGAUACAAUUGGUUGACCGCUGAAGAAUGCUGAAGAGCUGUACUGAGUUAUCACAAUCCUGCUUCACUCUGCUUUACUUACACUGAUGCUCAGUUAAUUGGCCUAGAGGGCCGGCUUGCCUCUAUCCUUACCUUUUCUGUUUUGCAUAAAAUGUUACAGCAAAGUGCAAUAAA